AUGGAAAAUAAGUCAGUAUCUGGCUCUACACACUCCUCGUGCAACCUCUCCACUGACCAGUACCCCAGCAACUAUACCAACUGUACCCCCCCGCCAUGGCUCUACUAUCCUGAUUUUUACAUUGGACUACCGGUCAUUUAUUCUGUUAUCUGCGCCGCGGGUCUUACAGGCAAUACAGCCGUCAUAUAUGUCAUCCUGAAAGCCCCCAAGAUGAAAACUGUCACUAAUAUGUUCAUUCUAAAUUUAGCGAUAGCAGACGACCUUUUCACGCUCGUACUACCUAUCAAUAUUGCAGAACAUCUGCUAAACUACUGGCCCUUCGGUGAGGUGUUGUGUAAAGUGAUUCUGUCAAUAGACCACUACAACAUCUUCUCCAGCAUCUACUUUCUCACAGUUAUGAGCGUCGACCGCUAUUUUGUGGUGCUCUCCACCGUGCACUCCAAACGGAUGCAACACCGCACAUACCGAUUCGCCAAAACAGUAAGCAUCUGUGUGUGGGCUCUGGUCAUUCUAAUAGUUGUGCCGUUCACCGUCUUCGCAGGUAUCUAUGUCAGUCCCGAUGACGCAGAGGGCAGGAAGAGUUGCGUUUUGAGUUUUCCAAUUCCGGAAAGUUUUUGGUUUAAGGCAAGCCGCAUCUAUACCCUGGUUCUUGGCUUCGUUAUCCCCGUGUCCACGAUUUGUAUCCUCUACAGCUUGAUGCUGUAUAAACUGCGGCACAUGCGCCUGAAUUCGAACGCCAAGGCGUUGGACAAAGCUAAAAAGCGUGUGACUGUGAUGGUCUUCAUAGUAAUCGCGGUGUGUUUGUUUUGCUGGACCCCGUUCCACCUGAGUACCGUGGUGGCACUCACUACAGACUUACCCUCAACUCCCCUUGUAAUAGGAAUUUCGUACUUCAUCACAGGUUUGAGCUACGCAAACUCGUGUCUUAAUCCAUUUCUAUAUGCGUUCCUGGACGAUAGUUUCAGGAAAGCAUUCAAGAAAAUGUUGGAGUGUUAA